GCAUUUCAACCAACCCACCAUCCACAAUCGCUCCUCCAACUGUACCUGCAACCACACCACACCUUACCGCACCGCACUCAUGGCCGAGCUCACCAAGCCCGAGGGGUUCCGUGGGGAGUUCCUGCUCCCAUCCCACCCCGACUAUGACAAGUUCCGCGAGCCGUGGAAUGCCGAUCACGCAAACAAGAAGCCAAGCGUUGUGCUGCUGCCGCACGGCGCAAAGGAUGUGCAGGUUGCCAUCAAGUGGAUUCACGCCAACAAGCUGGAGUUUGCUGUGAUGAGCGGUGGCCAUUCUCUCUCUGGGCGCUCCAUCAAGGAUGGCGCAGUCCUGAUCCGUCUCUCCCGCAUGAACUUUGUCCACGUCGAUCCCGUGGAGCGCACUGCCUGGGUUGGAACUGGCGCCACCAUCGCCGACAUUGACGCUGAAACAAACGCGUACAACCUUGUUGCUGUGGGCGGCCAGGUGUCGCACACUGGCGUUGGCGGCUUUGCUCUGCACGGUGGCUUUGGCGCCAUCUCCCGCCGCUACGGCCUGGCCGUCGACAACAUGCUGGCGGCGCGCGUGGUGUUGGCUGACGGGUCGCUCGUCGAGGCCUCUGAGAAGGAGAACAGUGACCUCUUCUUUGCCAUCCGCGGCGCGGGCAGUCUCGUUGGCGUCGUCACCUCCAUCAAGUUUCGUCUCUUUCCACUGGCCGAGGGUGACCUCAUGUGCUCGGGCCAGGCGUUUUGGCUCGCCGAGUCCGAUGAAGACCUGCGCGAGCGCGUCGGCGCAUGGUCCAAGAUUGUUGACGGAAGCAGCGAGAACCUGUAUUGCACGUGCAUUUGGACAACACCGCCUCCGCCACCCUUCAACGGCCGGCGCACGUUUAUCAUUCACACGGCUUGGCUGGGCGACGAGCCCAUGGACAAGGCCAAGGAGAAGCUGGACGCAGCGCUGGCCCCGCUCAUGGCCAAGGAGCCCGUUGUGAACGCCAUUGGGCCAAAGCCGUUCUCCGUCUUCAACUCCAUGCAGGACCCCUUUGGGCCGUUUGGUCAGGCGAAGCGCGCCACAGGCGUGAGCACCAACGACUGCAACAAGCUGACAAGCGUGCUGCUUGAAACGGAGAAGCAACGGCCCCCGCCAAGCGUGUACAUCGUGGAGCACUGGGGCGGCAAGGCAAAGCGGCCUGGACGUGCACCUGCUGACGAUCUUGUGCACCGCAUUCGCGAUACCUUCACGGUGCUUUGUCUUGGAUGCACCCAUGUCCCAGAGUUCAAACAGCAAGCCCUCGACUGGAUUCAAGCAUUCAAGGCCAAGGCCAAAGAAGCUGAGCUGGGCGUUGCCGCCUAUGUGAACUACACAGAGGACAACCAGAAGCCCUAUGGCGAGUGCACGGACAAGUUGGUCAAGAUCAAGGCCAAGUACGACCCAGACAACUUCUUCCCACGAGUGACGGGUGCCGCUUAAGUCACGCGCGUGGCCACGACCGCUGCUCACGCCGCUGUUGCUGUCAUGCAAUAAAGUUACCUGGCUGUGACAGUGACGCGUGAUGCGCAGUUACAACAUUGCACGCAUGAUUCCGUGAUUCCUUACCUUCCAUCUCCCUUCACAUCUCCUUCCACCCUUCUUUUUUUUUUUUCCCGCGCACAUACCUGCUGCCCCUCCUCUUCUCAACCCGGUACACCUAACGGUUCGCCCCCCCCCCCUUCAAUUCUGUUACCAGUGUGCAUUGACAUACAAGCAAGCCGCACUUUGCUGCUUCGCGUGUUUCUCGUUUCAUUCAGUUGUGUUACUUGACUGCAAGUGCCUUUUCGGGCGUGGUGGUGAGCAGCAAUGAGGUUGUUGCAUCGAUCCAUCAUGUCAUGUCACUCCAUAAACACGCGUACACACGCACACGUGAGACCACAAACAUACAUUAGGGUGUCAGGUCACACAAAAC